AUGCAUGCUGCCCGGACGCCACCGAGAAUUUACAUAACAUCCGUCGAGGAAGGUUCCGUAGACGGACCGUCGACCAACGACGGGCAGCCGUCGACUGAAAUAGACGAACGCGACGGACGGUCGCGACCGAUCCCGUCGAUCGAUUUGGCCAUGGCGUUGGCCGGAAAGCAUUCACAGUCCGCCCGGGACGGCGCCGGGACUAUCCCGCUCACCGACGGCGUGCUCCGGACGACUAACCACGGUGGAAUGGCGGUCACUCCGUCAACGACACCCAGCAAGUAUAUCUGGUGGGGCUAUGGGCCCGAUUUAGCAUUUCAGGAACGGUGUCAGUGCCACGCAACUCUACAAAUCUCGGUGCCGCUUCUCCAUCGCAGAUGCCCCACGGUUCAGCGAAGCUGGCCGGUCACCUCGCAGCCAGUGGCCCUGUUGGUCGUUUUCGGAUUCCUGUGGGCCAUCGCAUGGUCCAUCCUGCCGGCUGGCCUCUCCGAUCCCACCGGUGGCCUCAUGCGGCUCGCCUUCCUGUUCGUGGGCGCCCAAACGUGCGGUGAGCUCGUCGCGAUGGCCGGACUCCCGGACAUGCUCGGCAUGCUGGGCUGGGGCGUCCUGUACGCCAACGUGGGCUGGGCGGACUUCCGUGGCUACGAGCGGCUCGAGGUGUUCCUGCGCGAGAUGGCGCUCGUCAACAUUAUGCUGCUGGCCGGUCUCGGCCUCGACUACGCCGCCCUGCGGUCCCUCUUCCGCUUCAUCCUGCUGCUAACGGUGGUACCGAGCGGGGCCGAGGUUGCCGCCACGGCCGUACUCUCACACUACCUCCUCGAGCUACCCUGGCUCUGGGGCAUCCUUCUGGGGCUGGUGGUGACGGCCAUCUCGCCGAACGUCGUCGUGACGGUGCUGCUGCGGCUGAGGGAGGAGCGGCUCGGUCUGGGCAAAGGCAUCCACACAUUAAUCAUCGCCGUGACAAGCUGUAAUGAUGUGCUGGCAAUUUUCCUGUUCGGUGUCAUCCUGGGCCUGAUCUUCGUCCCCGGCAACCUCACCGGGCAGAUCGCGCAGGGUCCGAUCGGUAUCGUGAUUGGGCUCGGUUAUGGGUCCGCGUGCGGUCUCGUCCUUCCGCACCUGCCAUCGUACCACGCGAGGUACAGCGCCGGGCUGCGGUUCACGAUGACGGUCCUGGCCGGCACGCUGUCCGUCGUUGGCAGCAAGGCGAUCGGCUACCCGACGGCCGGAGCCCUCGGGUGCAUCGUGACUGCGUUCGUGGCCGGCACCGGCUGGCGCAAGCGGCCCGGGGCCGGUGCUGAAGCGGUGAGCGUGUACCUCGAUCUCCUGUGGAAGUUUCUGAAGCCCGUGUCCUUCUCGCUGAUCGGCAAGGAAGUCAACUUCUCCGCCUUGGCCGGCGAAACGGUCCUGUACGGGAUGGUAACGCUCGUCGUCGCCGUGCUGGCUCGACUGGCGUUCUCGUACUGCUCCACGCUCGGGAGUGAGCUGAACGGGAAGGAACGGGCGUACGUUACGCUGUCCGGCUUCCCGAAGGCCACCGUCCAGGCGGCCCUCGGUCCGGCGGCACUCGAUCUUGCCCGGGCACUCGACGCACCGGCGGAGGAGUACGCAGACAGGGCGCAGACCGUGCUGAUUGUGACGGUUUUGGCCAUCAUCUUCACGGCCCCGCUCGGUGCGCUGCUGAUGGUGAAGCUGGCACCCCGGUGGCUGAAACGAUCGGCGGACGACGAUCGGUACCAGUGA